AGGCGCCAUGUUUACUUCGUUUCGCUGGCAGUUUGCCAUUAGAGUGCCUAGUGCGAAUCGAACGGGCGAUCACUAUCAGCUCACAACAUAUAUCAAGUGCCAAUUAAAUUUGUAGAAGGACGUAAAGAGUCUAUCUAAUUCUAAAGCAUGACUAUUCUUCCAAAGAAGAAGACAACAAAGGAUAAGAAUGAUCCAGAGAAUACGGACCAUAGCCACCACCCGUCCUCAAACGAAUCUAGACACGAAAAAGUGGGACGUUCUAGAAAUUCUCCCACCCGAUGGCUUCCUGCUUCCACUUCUUUCGAAGAUAAACGGGAUUCAGGUGGCAGCUCUUACGAUGGACACGAUAAUAACCCAAACCACAACAAAAGACGACACAGGUCAUCACCACAUAGGAAUGUACGUAAACAUAGACAUGAUCCUCGCGGGGGUCAUCACCCUCCGACAUCAUCUUCGUCUCACGUUGUAGUUGGCGGGAGUGUAGUGCCUGGAGCAGGCCCUGUAGGGGUUGGAGUGGCCGGUAGUGGCUCCCCACCUUCUGAAUAUGAUUCCAUGAACGGCGGCUACAACAGUGAAGAUGAGCAUGCAACUCCUGGACGCCAAUUUCAAGACAAUACAGACGAGUUGGAGCAUUGGUUUGAAGCAACACUGAAAGAAAAAAAAGGAUUUACAGUGAAAAAAAUGGGAGAGGAUGGUGCUUGCCUAUUUCGAGCAGUUGCUGACCAAGUUUAUGGAGACCCAGAAAUGCAUUCUGAUAUAAGAAAAACCUGCAUUGAUUAUAUGGCAAAAAAUGUAGAUUACUUCAAACAUUAUGUUACAGAGGAUUUUAACACUUACCUAAAUCGUAAAAGGAAUGACAAUUGUCAUGGUAACCAUGUUGAAAUGCAAGCAUUAUGUGAAUUAUAUAAUAGACCAAUUGAAGUAUACCAAUACAGCUUAGAUCCUAUCAACACAUUUCAUUCUUCUUAUAAAACGGACAAUGAACCAAUAAGAAUAAGUUAUCAUAGAAAUGUUCAUUAUAAUUCAGUUGUGGACCCAUAUAAAGCUACCAUAGGUGUAGGACUUGGAUUACCUGGUCUUCAGCCUGGGUUAGCUGAAAAGAAUUUAAUGCGAGAUGCUGUAACACAAUCAGAAGAUUUUCAUAUUGAAAAAGCUAUGUUAGAAGAUAAAUUACGUGAAACUGACUGGGAAUUGACUCAAGAAACAAUUGAAGAGCAGGUGGCUCGAGAAUCAUAUUUGCAGUGGCUUAGAGAUAAUGAAAAGAGAGCUAAAAUUCAAGGCCCAGCUAGAUCUGCAAGUGCAACAUGUAGCUCCGCCAGUGAAUAUUCUCUAAAUGGUCCAGAAACAGUUGCCUCUCCUGACUGUGGCCGUCUUGGACGUUCACCCCGUAAUCGUAGUGCUUCAAACUCCACUCAAAGUAGUCCCAAUGCUGAAGAAAGCUCCCAUGAACAACAACAGUUAGCGCAACAACAAAUGCAGCAGCAGCAACAACAGCAACAGCAGCAACAACAACAACAACAGCAGCAGCAACAACAACAACAGCAGCAGCAGCAACAUUGUAGUCCGAAUCGGCCUGUUGACUUAGCAUUGCAUUCAGGAUGUCCUAAAUCGCCUCAACUUGGCAGUGAACCUCUUCUUGGUGCUGCAGCUGGUGCAACUGCAAGUUGCACUUCUAGUGAUAUGGCUACAGGUGGUUUUGAUGAAACUGCAUCUUUAAUGAAUCACUUGCCACCAACUAUGUUUGGUCUAACAGAAUGGGAAGAAGAUGACAUCCUUGCACAAGUGAUUGCUCAGUCCCAACAGGAAUACUUUGAUAGUUUAAAGAAAAAUGCUGCUUCAACGUCAGUUUGUGAUAAUGCCAGUUUUAACAUGGACCAAUCAACACAUCAUUCAAGUUAACAUAGGAUUGCUUACUUGCAUAGGCACAAAGGCAGAACCUAUGUGUGCAAAAUCUAGAUACAUCCAGUACUUUUUAAAUGAUGGAACUUAACAUCAGUUUAGAUAAUUUAAAAAAAUCUACAGUCUUUUCUAUGAUAUAAGAUUGUUGAAAUUCCAUAACAUGUUCAUUUAUAAUGAGCUAUUUAUCUAUGCCUGUUUCUCUUUCUUUCCUAAAUAUAUAUAGAUUUUCUCUGUGUGAAUGUUUUCAAGUACUUGUCUUUCUUCUACAAGUAUACCCUAUGCUGCUUUAGCUCACCCCUCUAAUUCAUGUUCAAGACUGUUACAAUUUGAUUCUACUCUAAUGGCAUCUACAAGUGGAUGAAUAUUAUGUUUUUAAUCCCAAAAGAAAAAAAAAAAACAAAUGUGAGGGACUUAAAAGGUAAGGUAGACCCAUUUAUCAAUUUCAGCACAGUUAACAAACUAAUUCAUGGAGUUUAUACUUUGGAAGAUAUAACUUUACCUUUUUAGGUGUCAUAGUUAUUGAUACUGCUUCUCUCUGUUUUUGGUGUUACACAAUUAGAAUCAAUUGUCAGUUUUGGUUUAUACUUCAUAUUAUGGAUAACUUCUGUAAAAAUCAAACAAAUCUUGGUGGCUUUAAGUUCAGCAUUUCUCUGAACAGACCCCCCCCCCUUUUUUUUUAUCAGUGAAUAAUUUCAUUUAUUUAAAUCAUGUGAUAAAUUAAAGUUGAACCUACAGUUCAAAUAAUGACCAUUACAUUAAAAAAAAUACUUAUAGUUUUAUCUUUAAAUAAAAGAAGAUAUUAUAUAAAAAAAAAAUCUUAAAAUUUCACCAAUUUCAAAAAAAGGAG